CAGCAGCAGAAAUGAGUGAAGCCAGAGGAAGACGGACAAAUGGCCACCAUGUGUGUGGGAUAAGUGGGGAAGUUCUCCUCGAUUCAGAGACACUAGAACACAGACUGCUGUGUGGAGUGUCCGACUUCCGCACUGUGUGAGGCACAUCUAGAUGUAGUGUAUGGACAAGCUCUAUUGGACAAGCUUAGACUAAGCAAUGAAAAAAAAGAAAGGAAGAAUACUACCACAAAGAAUAUUGACAAUCACAAAAUUCUGGAUAAAAACCAAAUCAUGGACCCUUUAAGUGGUUGACAUGUUGAUAUUGUAGUUACCAGUUCAUAUUAUUAUCCAGGUACCUUUGUAACCAGGGUUACCAAGCAACCAGAGUUAUCUAACCACAACUGUAACCAGCAUCCAGUUAAAAGAGGCCACAGAUGAUUGAUGCUGGCCAUUUAAAAUUCUGAUGAUGUAAUUGGAAUGCCAGAUUCUGUGAGAGAUUUGCAUGUGGAUGGGAAGGCCUUAAGAUGUCUUUGCAUGUUGUUUCCGCCCUAUGACUGGACUGGUCACAGAAAUGAUCAGAAUGCCACGGAUACUGCUUCUGCUUUUCAGUCUGUCUGUGAUCACCAUGAUGUUUGUGGCAAAAUUCGGUCUCAACAUUGACCGCCAUCUGUACCACUCCAAUAAUGGCUUCCCAGUGUACAAGGACCACACAGACAGCAAGACGGCUCGAGGCAUCCUCAAAGAAAGGGAGAUCAUUCACAGACAGGAAGUGGAUAACCUGAAGUUGAAAAUCCAGUAUUUGGAAAGUGAACUCUUCGUUGCUAAGGAGCAUUUUAGGAAUCUUAGUAACAAGGUGGAGAACGAGGUCAGUUCUAAAGAAGAUACUGAAGGAAAGAAUAUGCUCCUGGAAGGCAAGCCACAAGAUUACGAAAAAUACUUUCAGGACAAAAUCCUUUCUGCCGAAAUCACACGAGGAUUGCCACUGAAAACUGAAUAUGAUGUUGUCGCCUUUAACCGGUUUACACUAAACCGAGUUUAUCUGGUUGAUCCUGGUCUGGGUAAACGAGUCAUCGAGAAACCGAUAGGAUAUAAGAAGAAGGAUUUGUUCGAGAUUGUCGCAUUCGCGGUCGACCAGCUGAACCAGAACCGGUCCACAUCUUCAACUCAGUAUGGAUUGGAAGACUUCCUAGAGGGGUUGUAUCGACAUCAGCCUACCACAGGCUGCCAUUACGAAUUAUACUUCAGAAGUAGAGAGGUGUCCGCUGGGAAUACUUACACGAAGGUCAUCAUGCUGCGGCCGUAUGGUCCCCCGAUGCUGGUCAUCAACCACCAAAUAAACACCAUCCAGGAGUGGAUCAAUCUGAUCCUGCCUCUUUCAGGUCGGGUGGACACAUUCAGACUCUUCAUUCAGAGAUUCAUCAACGUGUGCAUCAAACAAGACAAACGCAUCUUUCUCACCGUCGUGUAUUUCGGGAAGGAAGGACUCAAAGAGGUCAAGGAUUUAAUGUCUCAGACUGCGAGGAUGUACAAGUUCAAACACAUGAAAUUGGUGACCUUGAAGGAAACCUUCACUAGAGGUCGCGGACUUCAGAUUGGUGCUCUCAACUGGAAAGGUGGAGAUGUACUGCUGUUUUUAUGUGACGUCGAUAUUAUUUUCAAUAACGAAUUCUUGGAGCGUUGUCGACUGAACACCGAGAGGGGCAAACGAGUCUACUACCCGAUCGUCUUCAGUCUGUACAACCCCAAUGUUGUUUAUUCCUUGCAUGACAUGGAGAUACCUUCUCUGAGAGACCAGCUAGUCAUAUCAAAAGACACCGGCUUCUGGCGGGACUUUGGUUACGGGAUGACCUGCCAGUAUCGGUCGGAUUUCUUGACAAUCAAAGGCUUUGAUGAGCAGAUAACGGGAUGGGGUGGCGAGGACGUGUUUUUGUACCAGAAGUAUGUUCGCAGUGACUAUCUGGUGAUCAGGGCGACCGAUCCAGGUAUUUUUCACAUGUGGCACGAGAAGUACUGCGACCCGAAUCUCAGUACGGAUCAGUACCGGAGCUGCAUCCGGUCCAAAGCACUGAACGAGGCAUCGCACGCCCAGCUUGGACUGCUGGCAUUCAAGGAUGAGGUUGAUGUUCACAGGGGAUUUGAACACAACAGACAGCUGGGUGGCGAUUGACGUAAUGUGAACAUAUCUUUACCAAUAUUACUAUAUGUGGUCAUAUCGGUACAUACAAUUAUUACUAUGUGGUCAUCUGUAAAAAAAAUUGUGUUUGCUGUAGUUUGACCUGUCAUUUUUAAUAGAUCAUCAGUCAAUCAGUCUGCCUAUCUGUCUGUCUGACAGUCUGUUAGUAAUAGACCAUCAGUCAGUCAGUCUGCCUAUCUGUCUGUCUGACAGUCUGUUAGUAUUUUAUUUUAUUGAAAAAAGUUAGACUUCUAAUAACCACUCCAUUUAUUAUGUGAUUCUGAUUUAAUAAACAUUCUUUUCCAUAUGUUCUGUUUAAAAAGUAUGUUAAAAAUAGGAAUUUAAAGGGACAGAUCCUAGUUUUUAAACACUAAGGCAUAUUUUUCACUGUUAGAGCCGGUUUUGAUAAUUGAAAUCAUACAUUACGUAGAUUUUAUUGUUUAGAUUAUCCAUUUCCAUAUAUCCGAAGUUUUUCUGGUUACAAAAGUCACAAAAUGCAUUAUGGUUAUGGAAAGAAAGAAAUGUUUUAUUUAACGACGCACCCAACACAUUUUAUUUACGGUUAUAUGGCGUCAGACAUAUGGUUAAGGACCACACAGAUUUUGAGAGGAAACCCGC